CCCCGUGGCUGGUUCUAUCUCCGUGGCCCCGGCUGUGGUGUAGACAUGGGCACCACCUGGAGGAGACCCGGACGCGUGCGGCUUGCACUCUGCCUCGCUGGCUUUGCGCUCUCGCUGUACGCGCUGCACGUGAAGGCGGCGCGCGCCCGCGACCAGGAUUACCGCGCGCUCUGUGACGUGGGCACGGCCAUCAGCUGUUCGCGAGUCUUCUCCUCCCGGUGGGGCCGGGGCUUUGGGCUGGUGGAGCGCGUGCUGGGGGCCGACAGCGUCCUCAACCAAUCCAACAGCAUAUUUGGUUGCUUGUUCUACGCCGUACAGUUGUUGUUAGGUUGCUUGAGGGGACGUUGGGCCUCUGUCCUGCUGGUCCUGAGCUCCCUGGUGUCCAUUGCUGGCUCCAUCUAUCUGGCCUGGAUCCUGUUCUUCGUGCUCAAUGACUUCUGCAUCGUCUGCAUUACCACCUAUGCCAUCAACGUGGGCCUGAUGCUGAUAAGCUUCCAGAAGGAGCCAGAACACAAGGCCAAAAAGCACUGAGGUCCCACCUCAUGCCAGGCCAGCUUAAUCUGCUUCGUCUGUCUUGGCAUGUGAGCCUUGUCCAAGAGUGUUGUCUGAGGGGUCCCUAGAAGGCCCUGCCCUCUUCUUUCAGAUCCCCCUUCAUAACCACACACAGGAUAAUGACCGAAUGUGCCUCUAAGUUCUGUCCCCAAGGGCUGCUUUCUACUAUGAGCUAAAGAGAAGGAUUUUUGAAUAAUAAAUUUUCCUAUGUUGGUCAA